CAUACAAGUCCCCAUAAUUUGCUGAGGUGCAGACGGGUGUGUCUUUUCUCCCGCUUAUUCCUCAUCUUUUCUCUUCCUCUUUCUCUUCUUCAUGUCUUCUCAUCAUCUCUGAUCAACCUUGAUUCUGCCACCCUUCCCAAGGACAUUCCUUCUCCACUAGGCUUGCGUAUCCAUAAAUAUAGCUUGAAGCUACAUGUACGCGUGUAAAAGUCUAAAGAAGAGCUCUGUAGAGAGACUAAACUGUUGACAGAACUGCAAGAUCACUUCUUCUUUAUUGCAAGAAGAUUGAAUCGCUCAAAUAAAGAUGGGAUUUUUGACGCUGUUGGAAGUGGCAUCAAUGCCGAUAAUGCAGGUGCUCAUAAUAAGCAUUCUGGGAGCUUUGAUGGCUACUGAGUAUCUCAAUCUCCUUCCUGCUGAUACUCGUAAGACCCUCAACAAGAUCGUGUUUGUGGUGUUCACACCCUCGCUUGUGUUUACCAGUCUAGACGAGGGUGUAACCCUUCAAGACAUUAUCUCAUGGUGGUAUAUGCCGGUUAACAUUGGGUUAACUUUUUUAAUUGGAGGAGUUCUGGGAUGGAUUGCAGUAAGACUACUUAAGCCAGAACCACAUUUGGAGGGUCUCGUUAUUGCCAUGUGUUCUACAGGAAACUUGGGAAACCUUGUCAUAAUUAUUGUUCCUGCAAUUUGCACUGAGGAAGGCAACCCCUUUGGCGAUCAUAAGGUCUGCUCGUCAAAAGGACUCUCUUAUUCUUCUUUCUCCAUGGCUCUUGGCGGUUUCUUUAUAUGGACUUAUACUUACCAAUUGAUACGAAGUUCAUCUAUAAGACUCAAUGCUUUGAAGGCAUAUGAAGAGGACGCAAAAUCACCCAAUAAAGAUUUAGAAGCAAAUGAGAAGUCUAAACUAUUAAAUGGGCAAGUUCAGGAGUCAGCUAUUAUGUCCCCUCGAUCAGACGGCACUCAAAACAAGAAGCAAGAAUCACUCUGUAAUAAAUUUACCGGAUUUAUCUACCAGAUCGUAGAGGAAAUGAUGGCACCUCCGACCAUUGGCACAAUUCUUGGUUUCCUCUUCGGAACAAUUCCAUGGCUAAAAUACCUUGUGAUAGGUGACGAAGCUCCACUUAGAGUGAUCCAAGACACUGUGCGGGUACUUGGGACUGCAACCAUACCUUGUAUCACCCUUAUACUUGGAGGAAACCUCGCCCAAGGCUUACGAGAUGCAAAUAUAAGACCUAUGAUCAUCGUGGCAAUACUUUGUGUCCGAUACGUGAUACUUCCUGUGAUUGGAAUUGGGGUGGUUAAAGCUGCCAGCAGCUUCGGUUGGCUUCCAUCAGAUCCAUUGUUCCAGUUUGUGCUUUUGCUUCAGUUUUGUCUACCACCUGCUAUGAAUAUUGGUACAAUGACUCAAUUAUUUGAUGUGGGGCAAGCAGAGUGUUCGAUCAUCUUCCUAUGGACUUACUUAGUUGCAGCUUUUGCACUUACGAUAUGGUCAACAUUAUAUAUGUCGAUUUUAUCCUAGUCGUCAUGAUCAAUUGAUAAUAAUCGGCUCCAUGAACUUGGAUAUUCUCAGCAUAAAUGCUUUUUGAACUGAUUUGAUUUAUCUGGUCACCAAGACUCUCUGAACCAAACACCUUCCUCGGUUCGGUUUGGUUUGAUUUAUCUAGUCGCGGAGAAUAGAAGGAUCCAAGCGGCCUUCUAUUUAAAGCAACAAGAUGUUAUGCAUCGUUACAUUCAAAGAUAUGCGGGGUUUCAUUCUAUAUACUUUUCUAUUUCAGAUAUGUUGCAUGUGUUUAAGUUCAGAUCAUACAGGUUUAGGGAUUUUAGAAGGGAGACUUGACAGUUAUUGUACGUUGGUGUUUUUUCAUACAAACCACCCAUAUGUUUUGUAUAAACACAUAGCAGGCUUGUGAAACGAGUUCUUGUCUUAUUUUUUUUUUUUUUUUUUGUCAGGUUGUCUUAUUUAUUUAGUUUAUCUUUGAAUUGAAAUCAGUAAUAAUCCGUUUUUCGUUA